AUGCCGAUGUUGAAGGAGGGACCUCUCGCCAUCAAGAAGGUGGCUGAAGCGGAAUACUUAUCCAAGAAACAUUUCUACCAGUGGAGCAUAACUGCUUUCUCGAGUGAGGACGAGGACGAGGAGGAGGAGGAGGAGGAGGAAGAGCACGUGACAGCGAUGUCAUCGAAUGGCUGUCAUCCAGGCGUUCCGAGUCCCCGGCCGCCGCCGCUCGGUUUACCGCGUGCCGGAUUAAGUCCCGUCCGUCUCGGUGGUCCGCCCGCCAUGGAGGAAAAGCCCGAAGACGGAGAAAAACCAGACUAUGACCAGAAUGUGCUGACCGAUGACGACCUUAGGGCUGCCUUACUUGCGUACGGCGUCAAAGCGGGGCCAAUAGUGGGCUCCACCAGGGCCGUGUACGAGAGGAAGCUGAUGCGGCUCCGGGCCGAACGCGGAGCCGAGAGUCAAGUCGUCGACGAAGACGCCGAAUCGGGACCACAACAGGAAGACGAAGAGUCGGAUGAGCACGAAAGCGGCCGGAACGGACACGUUUACCAGCGGUGCUUUUUACCUUCAUCCAGAUUGCGCUUCGGAACUCGUGCCUCAAGACGGGCCGAACUUUGCCGCGCGCCGGCUAUGGAGAAAGUUUCCAAAUCGUCAACGCGGAGCGGCGGCGCCGUUCAGAUUCUCGAUGAGACGAGCGGAGCGUCGAUUGGAGAUCAACGCUCGGAAUUCCGCUCGAAGCGCCUCGGGGGCAAGUUUCGUCGAUCAAAUCUUGUGAUACCGUUAAUCUGGCAGGUCUCCCGUCGCUCGAUCCGAGAUUCACGAUGUUCCUCCGAGAAAUUCAGCAUCGCUGAAAUGGUUGAAGAGAUGGAGAAACGGAUGUCUCCCGUUGCCGACAGCCAGCGGAAAGAGAGCGACGAACGCGAGCCUUGGACUCACUCCGACAGGUCGGACACGACGAGUGCAGCGGAUGAGCGGCAGUCGCCAUACUCGACUCCCGAAGAGUCCCUGUCCAACUUGGAAACAAAGGCCCCCACGAAAGAUGACUUGCCUUCUACCAUUCAACCUUCACGCGUUGUCUUCAACGCCACCUGUCGGAGGCCCAUCAAGGGUGCAGCGGGGAGGCCCGUUGUGUCGAAGUACCCGAAACCGCCGGUCAGCCCCGCCAGCCUGGAGAGAAGAGAAAUGGAGCGCCAAAUGGUGCCCGUCCAGCUCCAGGUCGCGGUGUUUGUCAUCAUCGCCCUCUUGCUCUUUGCCAUUGUUGAAAGCGAGCCGCUGAGUCCACUUUUGGCCCUGAUGAAUAAUUUCGUGCGAGGUUUCAUCGAUGAUGCGGGCGGGGGACACCGACGUUCUCGGGACAUGAAUGAGUAAAGGAUUCGUCAUUUAUUUUACUUUUUGCUUUGUAUGUUCAACAUAAUCAGUCUGUCAAAGUCUUUUGAAAGUCUCCAGUUUCAUUUCAAUGUUUUGCACAUAUUUGCUUUUGUAGUAUUUUUGUAACUAGUGUUUCAAUAAAGGGAUAUUUUUCGACGAAGUGAUUC